GGAUUUGGUUAUCAGCUGUUUAGGUGUCAACAAGUUUGUUUAUUAUUUGUAUGGAUUUUUUGGAAGUAUAAUAUUUAAAUUCGUGCUAUUAAUAUCGUUAAAAUGUCGGACCAUUACAAAUUGUUAAUAUCUGACGAGGAGGUUAUAAAAGCACUUCUGAAAGAUAGCAAAAGUAGAGAAGGUAAACUUCCAACAGAGGUUACUAGAAUUAAACCAAAUAUAAAUUUCUUUCAACGCACUGUUAACAGUUUGGUAUCCACCAACACAAGAAUUGAUAAAUCAGUAGAUACUUUUAAGUCGCAACACAUUAAAGAAAGGACAGAAAGGAACAAAGCUGACUUUAGAAUUUCCCCGACACAUCGCAAAGUUAGGCCAAAAGUGAAUUAUAGUGAAGAACGGAAACUUGUUUUAGAUAAUAAGAUUAAAUUUGUGAAAAGUGCAGAAAGAUUAAGUAUAAAAAAUGUAAAUUUUAGUGGUACUGAUGUGCCAAUGAAGACAAAUACAAUAAGAACAGACAAAUCAAGAGAACCUUUUAAUAGUGCAGUAUUACAGCAUGGGUCUAGUAUUGCUACUAAAGACUCUGAUUUAUUUGAUAGUAAAAAUAGUCUGACUUGUAGUUAUUUAAUAUUAAUAUUAAGAUUCGAUAUGCAUGCAAGAUGAAUCUUAUUUAACAAUAAAUAAUUUUUUUGGGGAAUUUGAUUAGAAGUUUAGUAUAUCAAAUUCAUAUGAUUCUUUUGUUAUUUUAAGAUUAUAUUUUCGAUUAUACCAUGGAUCAAUAAUUUCUUUCCUUUUUUCUUUAUUUUUUACGAUUUUUGCGAGGUUGAAAAUGCCCUUACAAAUAAUUUAUAUGAAGGGUAGGUUUAUAUGAAGGCAUAAAACAAGGAACUUAAAAAAAUAAUUUGAGUUAUAAGUAUGGACUGGAGAUCAGUGGCGGGCUCGUCAGGGUAGGGUAGUAAGAUUUUGGCAGGAUUUAAGCGGUUUAUUACAUUACAUUAUUUACUAUUAAUGUUGCAAAUAAUGACUGUGCCGCUGCGUUAGAAAACAAAAUAAUUUUGACCGUUGGAGUGCCUUUGUUUUGGUUUAGUUUCGAUUUCUACGUCGCCUACUAUCAGAGUCGAUGUACGACGUACGGCAAUCUUCUGUCUCUAUCUAACUCAUCGUGCAGUAGCCACGCGACGUAAGUCGGAGUUGUAUCGUAUUAAAGCGGGGCUUAGGCGAAAUCUCCGGUCGCCUUUGCAUGAAGUCGUGGAGGCUCCGAUAGGCUUAAGCUUGAUUUUCAUACAUCCGUUGUCCGACGAUACGUUGAUACGAUAUUAAU